GACCCUAAGCGAUGAAAAUAUUAGUAUUUCCUUGCCCCCUGAGGGUCUCCCAAUGAUAAGAAAAGUGGCCAAUGGCGUCUCUGAACUUUGAGACAAAGUCGGACCCCGAGAGAAGAGUCGAAAGUCGUCAUCUAGGUAUUUAUUCGAUGACAUGCUCCGUGCAGCAGCUGUAUCCUUCUCUUCUCUUCUCUUCUCAUCCACGUCAAACCUUCAGCGUACCACGCUAAUAAACUCACCCAGCAAACAAAAACACCAAGCCUAUUCGAUCAUGGACACGUCAAUGUCUUCAGGCUGGCCGGGCAGUCAAGGUUACCAAGUCGCCAUCGAAGUUCAGGGAAAUGAUUUCUUUCACGUCGAGUUGACGAAGCUCAAGAAAUACCCGAAGCUUUACAGGCUCAUCACCUAUCAUGCUGCGACAUCAUAUCCCUACGGCUAUAUUCACAACGGCAUGACAUAUCCCUCCUACCAUAACGGACCUCAGUACUGCAUCAAUUUGCACAAACUACCUCAAGGUUCCGGACACAUGCUGUGGGAGUAUCUGUCAUCUGGGGCGUUUACUCGUCUCCGGGGCUAUCAUUCCGAGAGAACGCAAGAAUGGUACUUUAAAGACAUUUUUCACCUACAUAAUCUUGCAAACCAGUUCGACAUGGAGGACCUCAAGUCGGAGUCCGCGAAAGAGAUCUUCCGCAAGGCUCAAGAGAUGGGCCUCAUGGAACUAAUCAACCUCCUUGAAGAAUUGAACUACCAGUCUGACUUGUUCCCAAGUCUUUCCGUAUACUUGGAGAAGCGACUGGUUGGUUCCGCUUUGGAUUACUGUCAGAGAGGCAGCCAAAGGGCACUAGCCGAACUACAGGCCCAGCCAUCACUCUCAGUCGCUCAGAUACUCUUGAAAGCACUCAUAGAAAUUAGCGAAUCUGGGUGCAAUUUGGGUGAACAGAACUCCAUGGUAGGCGAGGUCUAUAGAAGGAAGGUCGCUGAGACAACGGCUGCUUCUGAUAUUCUCGGCUGGGAUGAGCCCAAGGUUCCCGAUACGAGGUGGAUCAACCCGAAGGGUGAAAUGGCGGGAGUGAGAAAGUCAGGUGGUAGUCAAUUCUUCGGUGCCGCGGCCAAGCAUGCGACCAGAAGGGAGAAAAGUAACUUUACUGAACCGCCAUUUGAGCGAGCAGCCGUGCGCGAACCAACUUUGGAUAUUCCCGCUACGUUGGCUUAUUCUCAGCCGCUUCCCUUUUCUAGCGCCUCUUCGGUUAGAAGUGAUAUACCUGUGCCCCCCACGCCAUCCAGAGAUACAUCGACGACUUCGAGUCGUGGAAGCAUCCCUUACACUCCCUGGAUACAAAUGGAUUUGGAGGCUAUGGGUCACCCAGAGCUGAAGAUUCAUCGACAACGAAUGCCUCAUGCGGCCUACCAGGGGAACCUGCCGCAGAUGAAACACGCUGCUUCGAGCGAGAGACCGGCUCCCGGUCCUUCAACUACACCAGGCGAAACUUUGUUGGAAACAGGUGCAGACAAAAAUGACGAUACUGAAGAUGAGGCUACAGAAGCUUGUGAUCGACCAGUGACAUCAACUGGAGGGAAAUGUACCCGAGAACACGAUGACCUCCUUUGACACACCUGGGCGAUCGUGUAGAUGUUCUUCGCAUACCUUGGACGGCAGCCCUGUUCCAGUUGAAGGGCCCAUGGAUUGGGAUACCGAACAUGAUCAUGACUCCUAGACACAGUCCUUGAGAUUUGGUUAAGACCUGUGGUUGGAAAAACGGAUAUACAGCGUGAGAUGGAUUACGGGAAAAGGUUGACUCGGAACCUACGAUGCAACGAGAACGAUAGUCUGGGGAUUCCAUUUGAUCUUUUCAGUACUUUCUGUAAGACUCCCGCAUGGUGUAUUCUGGUGGAUCUGGUAACUGUAGAUCCUGUAUGAAUGACUGCCACCUAUAAGGUUAAGCUUUAUGCUGCGAACAUAGGUGAUGAACGAGAAAAUGAUGUACUGUUGAUCCUGAG